AUGCCGUUCAAUUAUGGCUUUCUCAGCCACAGCGAUCCACUGGCGUUCGACCCGAACAACUACGUCCUCACCACGAAUGGCUUCGGUCUCUUCUUGACGCAAGUAAUCAUCAUCAUCGUACUAUGUCAAAUACUCGGCAAGCUCUUCAAGUUGAUAGGUCAGCCCGCCGUAGUUGGCGAGCUGCUCGCCGGCAUCCUCCUCGGACCUACCGCUCUCGGCAAUAUACCCGGAUUCACGGAGAACAUCGUCCCUACACAAGCGCUGGGCCUGCUGAAGCUCAUGGCCACCAUCGGUCUUUCGUUCUUCCUGUUUCUCAUAGGUCUCGAGACCGAUACCGAUCUCAUGGCCAGGUACUGGCAAAAGGUGCUGCUCAUCACUCUACCUGGCAUGGCGAUCCCCUUUGGCAUUGCUGUCGGCAUCGCGAGGCUCAUCUGGCAGAUCGAGACCGAUCAAACCGUCAAGUUCACCACCUUCUUCCUCUUUGUUGGCACCGUGAUGGCCGUCACCUCGCUUUCGGUCCUUUCGCGCAUCAUGGCCGAGAUGAACAUCCUCAGCACUCGACUAGGCUGCAUCACCAUAGCUUCCGGCGUAUGCAACGACCUUAUCGGCUAUGUCUUGCUUGCCUUAGGCUCGGCCCUCGGCACAGGAGGCAAGCAGAUCGAUGCGCUCUACCAGCUGCUCGCCGCCGCCGGCUACAUUGCUAUGCUUUGGUUCGUCUUUCGGCCCAUUAUGAACCGCCUCAUCGCUCAUAGCGGCUUCGACAUGACCACAGGCGCUGAAGAUCGUGUCCCGGAGCACCUGCUCGUCAUUGCCCUUUGUGGCGCGCUCGUCAGCGCUUUCUACACCGACGCCAUGGGCGUACACCCCAUCGUCGGCGCCUUCAGCUUCGGCGUUUGCUGCCCGCACGGAAACUUUGCGGUCAAAGUCACGGAAAGCAUAGAAGCGCUCGUGAUGAUUGUGUUGCUUCCGCUGUACUUUGUCACGAGCGGUCUCAGCACAAACUUCAAACUUCUCGACGACGGCACCUCUUGGGGUCUCAUCUUUCUGCUCCUCGUGGGCAUCUUUGUCAGCAAAUUCGGCGCCACCGCAGCCUCCGCCAAGCUCGCUGGCAUGACGUGGCGCGAGUCCAUGUGCGUAGCAAGUCUCAUGCAGAGCAAAGGUAUCAUCGAGAUUAUCAUUCUCAAUGUAGCGCUUCAGCUCAAUGUUGUGAGCCCCAAGGUGUUCGCAAUGCUCGUCAUCUGCUUCCUGUGCACCACCAUGUCGGUGCGUCCUCUGUCCAGGUACGUCUACUUUUCCAGUCUUGCUCAACAAGAAGCUGCAGGAGAGGCUGAGAACGAGAGAGAAAAGCAAGCAGCCGGCACGGGCGGAUUCGACAAGGGGCCCAUGCAAGGUCGUGCUACCGAUUGCGCUGAUCUCCCAAUCACGAUUGCAAUCGCCUCGCCAAGUCCAGCGAUAAAGACGCUCAUGUACUUGCUCAACCUGGUAGGCCAGAACCCGUCGCUCUCGAACAUCACUCGAGGUGGCAUGGAUGCCGACAACGCCAAUGAGGCAGCGGCAGGUCAGAUUGCCGUAGAUUUGCUUCGUAUGUUGCCGAUCGAAUACACGACUUCGUCAAUCAUGCAGCUCAUCAACUACUCGGAGGAACGCCACCGCGAUGAGAUGAUGGAAAGCCUCAAGAUGGUGCAGCUACUUUGCAGAGUGCCCACGUCUGCCAUGCUAGCCCAGGAAAGGAAGCUUGGCCACGCUACGGCAACAACGACGACUCCUGGCGCCAACAGCAAUCCUGGCGCCGCUGACUCGAUUCCUGCAGACACCUUCAUCGUUCCUCGACAUGAGAUGAUCAAAACGAUCGCGCAGCAGAACGCGAGGGCACAGCAUCGACUCGGUACAUCUGAUUCGACUUUAUCAGAACUCGGUCGUGGUAUGGCCUUGGUGGCCUGGGAAGCGCACAACUCGUACGGUCGAGGUCUCUCCUGGCUCGGCGCUGCUGCGGCUGCCAGCGGAUUGUCUUUCGCCAAGACAAUCAACGAAGAGGACGCCGCUGUCAGCUUCUGGCAAGCUAAUUCGGAUGCUCAAUCGCUUCCCUCGCAGCUCUUCCGCAAUUUGCGCAAACAAUGCGCCACAGGUGUUUUGCUGGAUCCCAGCAUGUCCUGCAGAUCGGCACUGCCGGGGAAGGAAGAGUCUCGACCAAGUUUGCGACGCGAGCUGGAGCGCCGAUAUGGUUUGCAGAGACCGCUCGGCAUGCGAAGAAUCAUUGUCCCCUUCUUCGGAGGAUCCGACGAUCGAGCGGCGGUGGAGCUGCUGCGGAAAAUCGUUCUGAAUGCGCCUGGCAGUGUCCAAGGCUUAGUCAUCACCUUCACCAGCGCGAACGAUGCAGACAUUGGUCAGCUCACUUCGUCCGGAGCGGACACAACGCUGUUUCCAUCGGCAUUGCCGACCGAGCAAAACGCUGUCGAGGACGAACAAAUACGUUCAAUCAACCUUCAAACGAUUCAUCAGCAAGAAGCCGCUCGUGUGGACGCGCGCUUCUUGUUUCACCAGCAAGACGCAUCGAAUGCGGCUGCUACGGUCAAGUCGAUUCCGGAAGAAUUUGUAGCUUCCACGGCAGACCGUUCUGAAGCUGCUGUUCCCACAUCUAGCUCUUCCCAAGCGGAAGACGAGAAGCCAGCGAGGCCUUCGCACGCGCAUCAAGAUCUGGAAGCUCGUACCGAGGCUGGCAUCGUGUUUGUUACGCUUGCCUCGACGUCUGACUCUUCCAAUACCCCCAUCCACACCAUGAGUAGCAUACUCUUGCCGCUGUUGGAUGAUCAACAGGAUAUGAUCUUGGUCGGCAGGGGAAAAUGGAACCAAAGACCCAAAGAGUUCCGACAAGAAGUCGACAAGAUGCAUGCCGACCAACUUGCUUCAAACGCAUCGCCGCUGCCGGAUGAGCUGCGCGAGGAAUUCCGUGCUAUUGGAAAUUGCCUGGGCGCUGUGACCGAGGGCGUGCUGCUGCAAGGUCUUCGAUCAUGUGCCAUCGUCGUACAGGCUGCGCAGCAAUGA